AGAACUUCUCCAUGAAAGACUUGGGGGAUGCUAGUUAUGUCCUUGGCAUAAGAAUCUACCGAGAUAGAUCAAGAAAGUUAAUAGGUCUGAAUCAAAGUACAUAUAUAGAUAAAAUCCUUGAUCGAUUUAGCAUGUCUAACUCAAAGAAAGGAUCUUUACCUAUGACACCUGGCACGGUUCUUUCUAAGAGCCAGAGUCCUUCUACUCCCGAGCAGAAGGAACUCAUGAUGAAGGUUCCAUACGCUUCUGCGAUUGGAUCCAUCAUGUACGCCAUGAUAUGUACUAGACCUGAUGUCUCAUUCGCUUUAAGCGUGACCAGCAGAUACCAGGGAAGUCCAGGAGAAGCACACUGGACAGCGGUCAAGAACAUCCUCAAGUAUCUUUGCAAUACUAAGGAUGCAUUCCUGGUAUACGGUGGUGAGGAAGAGCUAAAGGUGGUCGGUUACACUGAUGCUAGCUUCCAAACCGACAGAGACGAUUCAAAAUCACAAGCAGGAUAUUUGUUUUGCCUGAGUGGCGGAGCUUUUAGCUGGAAGAGCUUCAAGGAGGAUACAACCGCCGAUUCGACUACAGAGGCUGAGUACAUAGCUGCCGCCGAGGCAGCUAAAGAAGCUGUUUGGAUCAAGAAGUUCAUUACUGAACUUGGAGUGGUUCCUAGUAUUAAUGACCCUAUCUCGUUGUUUUGCGACAACAUUGGGGCCAUUGCACAGGCAAAGGAACCGCGAUCUCACCAGAAAACCAAACACAUUGUACGACGCUAUCACAUCAUACGAGAAAUCGUAGACAGAGGAGAUGUGAUGAUUUGCAAAGUAGAAACUGACGACAACAUAGCCGAUCCCCUGACCAAGCCUUUAGGAAAGCUAAAGCAUGAGGGUCACACUAGGUCCAUGGGCAUUAGACCGAUGCCAGAUUGGCCAUAGUGCAAGUGGGAGAUUGUUGGAGUUGUGCCCUGAUGGCCAACUGUUUAUCGUUAUUCUAUCAUCUAUAGGCAGAUAUAAUAUGUUUACACAUCUCAUGCUAAUGUAAACAAAUAUUAUAUUCCUAGAUUUAUAUUUAAAGAUGUUUAUCAGAUAGUGUUAUUCUGCUGAUGAGACUAACAUCUUGAAAUAAAUAUUUAUCUAAAUG